AUGGUUCGAAUUGAGUUUCAAAUUGAGAGAAUGAAAACUGAAAUGGGACAGCCUGUCAAGGCUGUUGAAAACAUGAAGACAGGAAUUUAUGACACACUGAAGGCAUUUCAUACAAAACUCGAAACGUACGACCAAAACGUCCAGAGAAUAGAAGCGUUUGAAACAAAAUUAACAAAGACAGUAAGUGAAAAGCAAAAGGAGAAUGGCAAGAACAUUGAUGAUAAACUUGCAGCCCUUGAAAACAAAACUGUUGAGAUUCUUGAUAAGAAGAUUCAAGAACUACAAGCUAUCAAAGAUGAAGUUUUAACACCGACAGUAGCAUUCAAGGCAAGAUUGGAUUCAGACAUUGUUGUUUCUAAUGGACAGACGAUAGUGUUUCCUGCUGUGCUCUUCAACGAAGAAGAUUCUUACAACCAACGGACUGGCAAGUUUACGACACCUGUAAGUGGGACAUAUAUGUUCACUAUAGCGUUUUGUCGUAAGAAGGUCAAGACUUUAGUCGCUGGCAUUAUGGCUGAUCGUAAAAAGUAUACAGUGACAUUGAUGUAUGGGGACGCAAACGACGAGUGUUUAACUGGUGACACGGUGGCAGUGCUUACAUCCGGACAGGUUGUGUGGGUUCAUGUAUUAUCUGGUAGUAGCAUUGAUGCAAUUUUUCACCAAUAUUAUUCAUAUUAUUCAUACAGACGGAACACAUUCUCAGUAGUAUUAAUUCACGGAUAG